CUGCGUCUUGAAUUUCACUGGAAGGAGCUGCAGGUCACACUGUUGCGCACUUAGCAGCACGCACAGACAGAGCACACCACAGCUCCGCUGCUGGACGAUACCACUAUUGGACUUCCAUUACUGACACGUAGGCUAUAGGCGAUUGUAUGAUUGGCUGCCCAUCUACUAAUUUAAGAAGGGCUCAUUACAACGUGCCACUCCUGAGCGGACACAGCCUUAACGCAUCAAGGAGCCUUCAGUUGUCCCGGCAAAGCCUACUUUCACUUUCGUCAGACUUGUCAACAGCAGGAAGCAACAGAAGUACACGAGCCAUUAAAACCAGGAUCUGCUACUGCCAGCAUGUGUCAGAGAUGUUCAACAAUGCAGUGAAGAAGCCCGACAAUCCAUGUGCUGAACACUGAAGAGUUGCAGACACCAGCGUUGGAGGAGUGUGAGUCUGUGUAUGUGUGCUUAUACACUUUGCUGAGUUUUAAGCACUGUGGAGCUGAGGACCCAAGAGUAUGGUUCAACUGUCCACAUCAGUCGGCCUGCUGGGAGGCCUUUUGGGCCUGUUUCUGCUCCCGCCUGUUCAGAUGGCCCAGACACCAGCCAGCAUGUGCACACCCUUGAAGACGCUCAACGACAGCCUCAGCCACAGGCGACGGUACAUGAAGCACAACUUCCCAAUCAACUACACCAUCAGGGUUCAUCAUAACGAAGUCUUUAGACUGUCAAACAUUAGCAGAAUGAGGUUACAGGUGGAGGGGUUGGAUGAGCUGGUUCUCCAGAGGUUGUGGUUCCAGGUCAACCAAGGCAUUUUAAAAAAGAUCAUCCGGGUUAUGCCACUGAGACAUCCUUCACGUCCAUAUACCGCUGAGUUGGAAAGACGCUUCAGGGAUGCAGAGGGAGUCUUUGUACAGGCGUAUCCCGCUGAGAUGUUCCAGCAGGAACUUCCAGAUACUAUCCAGGAGACCUGGGAUCAUUUAACAGAAGAGCCUGACAGAGUGCCAGAGUCCAGCUGGCGAUUUGCUUCCCCAAAAUCCCUUCUGGACAACUUCUGCCACACCAUGCACUGCCUCUUCAGCGAGUGCUUUGCCAGCACAGAAGCACAGCAGGACUACUGUGGUGUUUCUUAUUCGAGGAAAGGCAGGAAGAAAGACUUACAGCCCAAAAGCUGAGAAGACCACAGCGGGGUGAAGUUGUCCAGGUUUAUACUGAUAAGGGAUUGGUAUCAUAAUCUCACUUGAGGAAAAGGGAGAGGGGUAAAAGGACAACAUUUAGGUACAGAAACAGUAUUCAUGGCGAUUUUAGGAGCAAAUGGACUUUCCGCUAACAAUGAAAUAAAGCUCAAUUGGAAGUAAAAACUCCAACCCCUAUGAUAUUCCUAUUCUGUCAGUCAGUCAGGAUACCUGAACUAUUUGUCUCUUGAUGACAUUGCAGAUUGAUGCUUUGAUACUUUCAAGCUCUGGAAGAGAUUUGUUCAUGGUCACAUAUAUCGUACAUAAAGUGAUGUAUGAUCAGUAAAUUAGAUAGAUUCUUUUCUACGGUGGAUUUUUUUUACGAAGGAGGGUGCAAGCUGCUUAUUCCUUGUCAGCGGAGGGUUCACUUCCCCUGGAGUGAGGACAUCCCUGUGGCUUUGCCAAAUCCCUGCCAAGAAAGCUUGUGAUGUGCUCCAAUAGGCCUGUAUGGUUCACCUCACAGACCAACAAGAUGCAGCAAGACAGACUAUACAUUGGACUGUUAUUAUAUCGAGAAAGUUCAAACUACUGUUUUCUCUUCCCUUUUCAGGUGUUGUCUUUGCGUCUCUUUCCCACGGCUUUCAUAUAAAGUGUUAUUUUUAGAACUGUGCCAUAGGCGCACAUAACGUAUUUAAAUGCUGUAAAAACAAGUUUGCAAAUUUUUGCCCCCUUCCAUGUAUUUCUCCAUGCACAAAGAGUGAGUGUUGAACCCGGGCAAACAACGCCAUACAAUAAUCUCUCUCCGUCCAAGCUAUGCAUUUCUAUAUUUACUCUAUAUUUUGUGGAGUUUUAUUUUUUAACCCCAGGCAACUAUUGAAUAUGUUGCUGACUUGUAUACCUGUUAUCAGUAACAUCACAGUCAGAAUUUGUUUAAACUUUAUAAUCAGGCCCCAAAUCUAGAUAAAAUUAUCUUAAAUACAUAAAUAAUUUUUUUUAAAUUACAUGGAAACUAUUUGCACUUCUGAAAAUGUGCAAGUACAAUGGUCACAAUUUGUCAAAGGGAACAAAAUUGGCAUCCCAGACUGGUUUGGGAAUUUUCAGUAACUCCUUCUUGAUUUUCAGCUCUUAACAUGUGAGAAAUCCCUGCAUGAAAGCUGUAAAAAAUUAAACCUGAAACUCAACUUAAUACCAUUGCAGACAUUACAGGUAUGGCAUAGUGAUUCUCAACAUUCAGAUCUUUUACACUUUCAAAUUUUAGUUUUGCUCCAACAAAUUCUGACUUUACUUCAAAGCACAUCAUUACAUCCUGCCAUUUUCUUUUCUGUGUGUUAACUUGUCAGGUGUUGAUGAAAUAAGAAAACACCUAUAUUAUUGAGAUCAUCCUUUAGUUUAAUAGGCAACGUAUAAAUUAUAAUCUGUGAAAAAAGGCAGAAAAAUGAAGAUGUCAACUUUAUUUGUUCAGAAUAUCACGCAUUGUCAGUGGAACUUACAGGCCUAUAUCAGCGCUGAUUCUUGACAGACAAAACUACAUGCAUGGGAAAAACCUGGGGAGAGGCAGCUUUUAGAUCACAUGCUUGCAUGAGCUGUGAGGUGUUACCAUUUGUGUCAGCUCUUAUAGAAAUAAUCCUUCGUAGAGUCCUGUAACAGGAUUUUGUAUACAGUGGUGAUUCAACACUGCUGUGGGUAUAUAGAUUACCCAGGUUACCACAACAGCAGUCAAAGCCUGCUUGGAGCCACAAGGUUAAAGAUCAUUUGAAAAAUGUACCCUGUUUUUAUUUUUAUUUUUUACAAACAUGGCCAGAGAAAUAGUCAGUCUGUCCAUCGUCCACACCCGUUUAUCCCGCUUAUGCAGGAUCGCAGGCCAAAGAAACAGCCCACACUGAAAAUCUUGGGUUGUUAGUUUUCUGAGACCCUGGAUUUAAACACAUGACCUACAGCUACUAACUUGUUCCAGCUACUAGCCAAAUAAAAACAUUCCUUUCCGAUCUAUCUAACAAAUUCAGGCAACAGUAAGCAUGUUUGCUAAUUUGAAAAGUUAGUCGCCUAUGCUCUGCCAUUGUUGUCAAGACCUGAAGACGUCCAACAUGGCUGCUGAGGGGUGCAAUUGAUCAUCUGAUGUAAUUGUCAGGGUUGGAAUGCAUCCUUGAAUGUCAGUGUUGUCAGUUUUUUUGACUUGCCUCACUUGAUUAUCAAUAAUGGUGACAUUAAGAUCGGGUUAGGUGUUGAUAAGCUGGUUGAGAGGUUCUCCACUUCAUGGUUCACAGCACAUGUUUAAACUACAUGUAUACUGCUUUGGACAUGUAGAGGGCACUAUAGCCCUCCUGGGAGUCUUUGGAUGACAGAGCACUUCUUCUAAGGCCAAAUAAAAACUACCCUCCCUUUUAAUGGGUUCAUACCUUCAAAUUAAGUCUUUUAUUAGAUAGAUAAAUGUCCAUUUUCACAGAGAGUCCUCUAUUGAAGGAUAUAAAGCCUACGCUUAAGGGUAAAAAGGGCUUUAUGUUAGGCUCUUAUGAUUCAUCUAUAGGAAUCAUAAUGUAUUUAGUGUAACAAAUAAUUCCUUCAUUCUUCCAGUUUGUUCUGUUUUAGUUAAAGUGUAUUCAAAACAGACUUGAAGGAUAGUUUCUUUUUAGUUUUUAAAAGUGUAAAUCAAAGUUUUGCUAAAUAGGAAAUUAACUCAAGUGAAGAAGCCAUUGAUUCCCUUUGUGAACAUUUUACAGCAGAUAUAAGAGAAGACAUUUGUUAGAAAUAUAAACUUUAAGUACAUCCAACAAGUAUGCUAUAAAUGUUUCAGUUUGGACAACUAAAUGUACCGUCCAUGACAGUUUUAAGCUGAUCUUAUUUGAUAAUCUUAAAACAGACCAGGUGCUAAAAGAUGGAGAACGUCUGCUGUGCUGUAGUAAUGCUUCCAGGAUGCAACCAGGCAAAAUCACUGUGAUGCAUUUAUUUUCAGGUCACUAUGUUGCAGACCAUCAGUCACAGUAAAGUGGGUGGGGUCAGUCAUUUAUAGUGGUGGGCAGGAUUAUUUUCUCAUUGCUUCAUGCACUCAAUGUUUUUCUAAAGAGCCGUGUUUGUGCAUGUAAGUUGCAGUGGUGGCGACUUUAUCUCGAUGCACCUGGUUCAUUGCCUGCGAAUCCUGACUUGCUGGUUUAGUCAGUUUAUGGUGUAACAUUCCCCUACCCCAUUAUUACUUUGGGGAUAACUGUGUUUAUUAUGAUAGCACAUGCAGUUGUUAUCAGAGUUGGUUUCAAAAACAUGCUCAAAAGCCUGUGCAAAUAGAAGAAUUGGUUAUAUUUCCACUCAGCAAUUAAGAUUAUUUGUGUGUUUAAAGCUUGGGUAGCAUUUUGUUAUAUUUGUUGCUUUACAGUGAUCUUACAGAAAUCAAAUGCUCUGACACAAAAACAAAAUCCAGUAUGCCAAUUCUUUUGGUCUGAAUGAAAUGAUUAUCUGGCCUAACUGAGCCCACUUUGCCCAUGCUCCUAAUUUCAGGGAGUGGCUUUGGAGCGAGGCCUGAGGGGAGGGUUGUUCUACACUGUUGCCUUCCCUAACUUUAAAAUGAAAUCAAGUCAACAAUCAACAUUGUAACUGCCAUGCUUUAUGAUGUGUGGCUUAACCAAAAAUGAAAUAAAGUAUCAAUUCAAUAAAAAAACAAAUUACAAAGUGACAUUUUCAAAGUUUGCAUUACGUGAAAUGGUAUUUAACCCUCAUACUUCGAAUAAAUAAUGCGAUGUUUCACUUAUAA